AUGAAUGUGUUGGAAGAUGAAUAAGAGUUAAGGAGAUAGGAACUAAUUAAAAAAGAACAUGAAGAGACAGAACUUUAGAAAAUUGGUUAUGUAUUUAUCUACAAUAAUCAUAAUUGACUUUAUAUAGGCUUACUUGAAAGAUAAAACAGACUAUGUUAGACCCCGGUAGGUUAAAAUGGAAAGGGAGAAAUACGGUUUAAGCCAAAAUUAUUUGAUUUGCCCAGUGAAAGUCAUGGUGAACAAUAUAACUUAAAAAUGGGAAGACCAUAAUCAGAAAAGGUUGAGAGAUUUGGUUUCACUUCACUCUAGAUAAAAAUAAUUUAACUUGAGGAGUAACAUGCUAAGAUUACAACUCUUGAAGAUACCUUCGUUGAAAACUCUGCUUAAUUUGUAAAUAGCUUUAUAUACCCGAAGUCAUCACUUUGGUGGUCUGAAAUAUCAGAUGUAUGUGAAAAAGAAGAAUAUCUAAACUCAAAAUUUGCUUAAAAAAGUGUACUAUUAGUCCAUCUGAUUAAUAACUCAGAGAUAGUGCUUAGAGUUAUAUACUUUUUAAUCCAAGCCUUUUGGGAGAAAAUUGUGUUACAAGCUUAAUUCAUAGUGGAUAUCCACUAUAAGAUAAUCUUGAUCUGGAAUAACUUUCCCAUGGCUUAAUUUGUUAAGUAUGCCACCAAUUUGAAAUGCCAAUACGAAAUUAGGUAAUUCAAAGAAAACUAUAAUGUCAAACUGUUAAACAUUGAUUAAGAUAAGUUACCAUUGUUUAGAUACGGAAAAUGA